AAGUGGACUAGUGGGGGAGAGGGUACGCUAGCUGUCUCUGCGGACCAAGUAGGAGACCCCUGGCGUGAGGCGGCCUCACUGGGCCGGGUGGGCUGGCGAGCUGACGCGGCGGCGGAGGCUGUGAGGAGUGUGUGGGACCAGGCCUGGGACAGAAGAGCCAUGGCCCCGCAGAACCUGAGCACCUUUUGCCUGUUGCUGCUGUACCUCAUCGGGGCCGUGAUCGCCGGGCGAGAUUUCUAUAAGAUCUUGGGGGUGCCUCGCAGUGCCUCUAUAAAGGAUAUUAAAAAGGCCUAUAGAAAACUAGCCCUGCAGCUUCAUCCUGACCGGAACCCUGAUGAUCCACAAGCCCAGGAGAAAUUCCAGGAUCUAGGUGCUGCAUAUGAAGUUCUAUCAGAUAAUGAGAAACGGAAACAAUAUGAUACUUAUGGUGAAGAAGGAUUAAAAGAUGCUCAUCAAAGCUCCCAUGGAGACAUUUUUUCACACUUCUUUGGAGAUUUUGGUUACAUGUUUAGAGGGACCCCUUGUCAGCAAGACAGAAAUAUUCUGAGAGGAAGUGAUAUUAUUGUAGAUCUAGAAGUCACUUUGGAAGAAGUGUAUGCAGGAAAUUUUGUGGAAGUAGUUAGAAACAAACCUGUGGCGAGGCAGGCUCCAGGCAAACGGAAAUGCAAUUGUCGGCAAGAAAUGCAGACCACCCAGCUGGGCCCUGGGCGCUUCCAAAUGACCCAGGAGGUGGUCUGCGAUGAAUGCCCUAAUGUCAAACUAGUGAAUGAAGAAUGAACAUUAGAGGUAGAAAUCGAACCUGGGGUGAGAGACGGCAUGGAGUACCCGUUUAUUGGAGAAGGUGAGCCUCACGUGGAUGGGGAGCCUGGAGAUUUACGGUUCAUCAAAGUUGUUAAGCACCCAAUGUUUGAAAGGAGAGGAGAUGAUUUGUACACAAAUGUGACAAUCUCGCUAGUUGAGUCUCUUGUUGGCUUUGAGAUGGACAUUACUCACUUGGAUGGUCACAAGGUACAUAUCUCCCGGGAUAAGAUCACUAGGCCGGGAGCAAAGCUAUGGAAGAAGGGGGAAGGGCUCCCUAGCUUUGACAGCAACAAUAUCAAGGGCUCUUUGAUAAUCACUAUUGAUGUGGAUUUUCCAAAAGAACAGUUAACAGAGGAAGCAAGAGAAGGUAUCAAACAGCUACUGAAACAAGGAUCAGUGCAGAAGGUAUACAAUGGACUGCAAGGAUAUUAAGAGUGAAUAAAAUUGGACUUUGUUUAAAAA